AUGCUAGAGAACCUCUGCACGCUCCCACUCAGUGCUGAGCUCUUCACGCAAGCCAUCCACCCGACCGAGCCUCUGCUGGCCACCGGGUUGUCCACCGGCCACGUAGAAUGCUUCCGACUGCCCGCUUCCGAUAGAAGCAUUGAUGACGACGCUUCCGCCGAUGUAAGCGUCUUGUCAGACGGCAAAGGCACGAUCGAUACCAUCUGGAAGACGCGACGACACAAGGGCAGUUGUCGAGCUCUGGGUUUCAGUCUUGAUGGUUCUGCCCUCUACUCUGCCGGCACCGACUCCAUUGUCAAACACUUCUCGCCCACGACCGGCCAAGUGGCUUCCAAGAUUGCUAUUCCCGACCACAACAACUCCGCCGAUGCUCCGACUCUUCUCCAUGUCCUAUCGCCUCAGACACUUCUCUUGGGCUGUGACUCGGGUGCUCUACACCUCCUCGACCUACGAGAUCACGCUCUGGCAUCCAAUAAACCUCAGCAGACACACCUCCCGCACUCAGACUUUGUAUCGUCCAUAGCUCCACUGCCUCCCAGCGAUACCAGUACAAGCGGUUAUAGCAAGCAGUGGGUGAGUACCGGGGGCACUACCCUAGCAGUGACGGACAUACGCCGUGGUGUCCUUGUCAGGAGUGACGACCAGGAGGAUGAACUCCUUAGCGCGGUUUUCGUGCCUGGUCUGGGUCCCAAGAAGAAUAGGGACAAUGGCAUAGUUGCGGUCGGCACUGGCACUGGUGUACUGACUCUCUGGGAUAAGGGUGCAUGGGAUGACCAGACCGACCGCAUCAUUGUCGAUCGGGAGGGCGAAAGCCUCGACUGCAUGGCACAACUGCCCGAGACCAUCACCUCUGGAAAGAAAGUCGCUAUUGGUGUUGGAGAUGGAACCGUAAGAAUUGUAGACCUCUCGAAACGUGAAAUCGAGAGCACACUACAGCAUGACGAGGUUGAAGCUGUCGUCAGCAUUGGGUUUGACUGUGAGGGACGCAUGAUUAGUGGUGGUGGCACAACAAUCAAAGUCUGGGAGGAAGCCGCCGUGGCAACUGGAGAUGACAGUGACAAUGUCGACGGAGAGGACGAUUCAGACGAUUCAGACGAUUCAGACCACGGCGAUGACGACUUGGAUGAUUCUGACGGAGACGGCGGCGAGGCAUCCAACAACUCGAAACGCGCCGCGGACAGCGAGGACGAUUCCGAUUCGGACAGCGACGCCGGAUCACGGAGGAAGGGAAAGAAGAAGCGCAGAAAGGGCAAGGGCCAGGUGGAUUUGGGACCCCAUGGUGCUCACGGUAUUCUCAAGUUCAAGGGACUAUGA